AUGGUUCUUCCGGUGUUCAUGUUCUUUGUGCUAAGCAAUGCUGACCCCGCCCUCGCAAGCCACUCUUCUGAACAGGGCUGCCUCGUUCUGAGAGGUUUGCGGCCGCCCGCGACGAGUCUGGAGCAGCCGCGCUUCACUCGGCGUCAGCAGCUGCCUCACCAUCGGCGGCGGCACGCGACGCCCGGCUCCCACCACAGCAGCGCCAGGGCGGGCCUGUGGCGCCGCGUGCGUACGCUGCUGGGCCAGCGGAGCAGCCACGCCAUGGAUGACGACCUUGGCCUGGACCAGUUCGAGCAGCAGCAGCUGGAACUCGAGAGGCGCCGCAUCAUCCUCGACCAGGCCGUGCGCCGCAAAACGAUCGACAGCUGGGUGUCAUCGCGCUUGAGCGUGUUCGACAGACCGCUGGACGAGGACGUCGCGUACGACGACACCGAGGUGCCCCGUCCGGCACCUCCUCUGCCUCCGCGCAACCACCCGGGGAGGAUCAGCUGGCCAGUGGGGCGUCACUGCGACUCGCCGCCGUCGUCACCCGCACCGCCUCUGCCCGCGUCACCGCUGCCAACGGCAUACUACUAUCACCUCCACUUGGUCGUGCGUCUGAACAGCCACCAGCUCGAAGAUUAG